AUGACGGACAAGUUACCACCAAACUUGUUAGCACUCUUCGCGCCAAGACCUCAGCUACCAUACUCGAAACCAUUAGAUCGAGAUCCAGCAAAACGCAAAGGUCCUACAAUCACCGGAGUCGGACAAUUUAUUUCGUUGUUAAAGGACUAUGAUCCAAAUUACGUACCAACCGAAACAGUUGAAGAAAAAAAGAAGCGUAAAAUACGGAUCGUGAAAAACAAAGAAAGUGGAAAACCCCGAGGUUAUGCGUUUAUCGAAUUUGAAAGAGAAAAGGACAUGAAAGCUGCGUACAAAGAUGCUGAUGGAGUUAAACUCUUGGGCCGACGAAUUCUUGUUGACGUAGAACGUGGUCGAACUGUUAAAGGUUGGAGACCUCGUCGCCUUGGUGGUGGACUUGGAGGAACACGAAUAGGAGGACCUGAACAAAAUCAGAAGUAUUCUGGUAGAGAAGGUGCUUAUGCUGUUCAUGCCGGUCAUCCUUCGGCCAAUUCAGGGUAUGAUAAAGAUUAUCGUUCUAGUUAUUCUUCCUCCCGUGGAGUUGUACCUAGCUCGAGCUCAAGCGCAGGAUAUGGAUAUAGCGGUAGUAAUGGUAAAUAUGGAGGCAGACAUAGUAGUGGUGGAUAUGGGGGUAGUAGUGGUUACGACCGUGAUUAUAGACGACGUCGGAGCCGUUCACGAAGUCCUAGAAGAGAUGAUAGAUAUUCAAGAGAUAGAAGGAGGGAUCGCAGAUAG